UAACUUUACAACGAAUGUCUCCAGUUCAAUUUCCACAAUUUCUGAACAAUUCAAAAAUAAUUCCUUAUUUAAUUCAAAAAUACUACCAACAUUUGCACGAAUCGCCCUAGUGAUCACCCCCUUAGCUCGAAGUUUCGCUGCCCGCCUGCCUGCCAGUGAUCUCACAUCUACAUGCAAACGUUCGUGCAAACAGCUGUGUUGAUGAACGGUGUUGUUAUUAUGGUGCGCGCGAUAGGGUAGCGAGAUACAUUUAAUCUUCCGUUGAUAGCGCAACCAGAAUGUGGAACCGUGGAAGAAUCGUCAGCCUAAUGCGAACCGUGGCUAAUGGCAGUUGUAGCUGUCCAGCACAUUCGCGCCCUGUUGUCAUCAACCAGCACGCCCCGCCAUCCAAGAAUGAUACCGCGUUUGAAAUGUCCUCCUCGACCAUUCGCUACGGCCCAGGGGUAACUCGCGAGCUGGGACAUGAUUUGCAGAACCUUAACGCGAAACGCGUUUGCGUUGUGAGCGAUCGGAAUGUGCUACAGUUGGGCUCGGUGAAGGUGGGACUCGAUUCGUUGACCCGGGCCGGCAUCGAGACGGUGCUGUUCGACCAGGUACGGGUGGAACCGACCAACGAAAGCCUCCAGACAGCGAUCGACUUUGCACGAGCGCACCAGUUCGAUGCGUACGUAGCGAUCGGCGGUGGUUCCGUCAUCGAUACCUGCAAGGUAGCUAACCUGUACAGUGCCGACCGGGAUGCGGAAUUCCUCGACUACGUGAACGCCCCGAUCGGGCAGGCAAAGGAGGUAACCGUGCCGCUGAAACCGCUGAUCGCGGUACCGACCACCGCCGGCACGGGUUCGGAAACGACCGGCGUUGCCAUCUUCGACCAUAAACCGCUGCACGCAAAGACGGGAAUUUCCAGCAAAGCGUUACGACCCAUCCUAGGGCUUGUCGAUCCACUGCACACACUGUCCCAGCCGGAAAAGGUAGCCGCGUACUGUGGGUUCGACGUGUUCUGUCACGCGCUGGAAAGUUUCACCGCCAUCCCGUACACCGAGCGAGGUCCGGCACCGGCCAAUCCAAAGCUAAGACCCCCGUACCAGGGUAGCAAUCCCAUCUCGGACGUUUGGGCACGGUUUGCGCUGCAGACGAUCGCCAAACACUUCCGGCGCGCUGUGUUCCGCGCGGAUGAUCUUGAGGCACGGUCCCAGAUGCACCUGGCCUCGACGAUGGCGGGCGUUGGAUUUGGAAAUGCCGGUGUCCAUCUGUGCCAUGGGCUGUCGUACCCGAUAGCUGGGCUGGUGAAGCAAUUUAUCCCACAAGGUUACACCGGCAGCCAUCCGAUCAUCCCGCACGGACUGUCGGUGGUGAUGACAGCGCCGGCUGUGUUUCGGUUUACCGGAGCAAGCUGUCCAGAUCGGCAUUUGGAGGCGGCCGGUAUUUUGGGAGCAGAUGUAUCCAAGAGCCACCGUAAGGAUGCGGGAGCCAUCCUUUCCGACAUCGUACGCCAGUACAUGCACGAUCUUCACAUCGAAAAUGGCCUAUCCGCGCUCGGGUUCAAUUACUCCGACAUCCCAGCGCUCGUCAAGGGAACACUGCCCCAGGAGCGUAUCACCAAGCUAGCACCCCGCGGUCAAUCGAAGGAAGAUCUCGCCGGGCUGUUUGAACAGUCGCUUACCGUGUACUAGCGGCAGGAAGUUGCAGGUCGUCCUAACGGGAGGAACGGUGUCACGAGUUCAUAUUUCUUAUCCCACGGUGCUGGACCCACGGUUGGUAGUCACGGCAGGCAAUCGCCGUUUGAAGCUGGGUACUGUUUCACACACGACACCAUGAAUGAUUUCUGCGCGCGAUGGCACUUGCCCAGUACGUUCCCAACGGCACUGUUUACGUGAAACGUGCUCGCGUCAUACCCAUCGGCAACGAGCCAUCACUUCACGGGUAAUGAUGAUACAUACAUCAGCUAAUGAUCGCACAUUUCUUCACCCUGCUUUUUCGGACGGCUUGGCUGUGCUGUUGUUUACUUAAGGAUGCUCUUAGCGGUUUGAAAGAUUUACACUUGCCCCCGCUCGGGAAAGCGCUGCUGGAAGAACUUCGGUUCGGUUUUCUUACUCUCUUGCACACGUGCGCGAGUCGCCACACUACAGGUACCUCAUCAUAACAACAAGUUUCUGCAACACUCAACCCAACGUGUAGGAGGAACCAGACAGAUCGUUACAUUAGGACAAACGAAACAAAACUAAACAUCAAUGCGAGGGGCUCUGUGCUUUCUGCAGUAAACUACCCGCAAACGUAUUGGAUUUUACGACAAAGCAACAAUUCCUGGCGUAAUGUUGAAGCAUUUUCUCUCAAAAUAGCAUAGCAGCGGGAAGACUUCUUUCGAUAAAGUUACAUAUCCAGUGGUCGCUUCAUGGCA